CAGACGUCCGGGAAUGACAGCCGCUGUCACCUGGAGUGACAGCUUUCAUCUAAGCUGCUCCGCUAAGAAAACCCUCUCGCUGACACCCAACAGUUAUCCGGGUCGGAUCCGGCCAGACCAGGACUAUGCCAGAGAUGGAGAAAGGGAGACCACCGGAAAAUAAGCGCAGCAGGAAACCUGCGCACCCCGUAAAGAGGGAGAUCAACCAGGAGAUGAAGACGUUUGCAGAAAGCACCAUGAACGAGCUGCUGGGAUGGUACGGCUAUGACAAGGUAGACCUCAGAGACUCGGAGGCCAACGAGAUCAGAAACUACCGAGAGAGACGUCAGCAUGUGUCUGUGCUAAAAGAGAACUCAUUGCCAAAAUCCAAGAGCCUGGACACCAAAGUUGGUCACUCGGUACUCACCAUGAAAAGUGGAGAGAGAGAGUCCUCCAGUGUCCCCUCUUCUUCACCCUCCUCUUCCUCAACAAGUUCAUCCCUGAUCACCUCUAAGGAGCAGAAGACUGCCCCUGUUAUUGUACCCCUUAUAAAGCCAUCAGCAGUGGAAGAUGUACAGAAUGUGCAGAUAGUGUGUGUUUGGUGCCAGAAGGAAGGGGUAAAACGCUACUCUCUAUGUAUGGGUUCAGAGCUCAAGAGCUUCUGCAGUGAGAAGUGUUUUGCCGCCUGCAGACGGGCCUACUUCAAACGCAAUAAGGCCAGAGAUGAAGACCUCCACGGUGAGAGAUCUCCUCAACACCCCCAUACAGAGGACUCGCCCAGACUGGUGUUAAAGAUAAACAGCAAUGUCAGAUCUCUCUCCCCUGUGCCACAGGUAUGUGAUUGGUGCAAGCAUGUCCGUCACACUAAGGAAUACCUGGACUUCGGAACUGGCGAGGAACGACUCCAGUUCUGCAGUACCAAGUGUCUGAAUCAGUACAAGAUGGAUGUUUUCUACCGGGAAGCCCGUGCAGCUCUCACCAGCUCCAGCCCAAGCAGAACCAGCCAGGAGGGGAGGGCGGACACCAUUGUAUCCGGGCAAAAGCUACUCACUCCUGAGUCUUGGAGCAGCAGCAGCAGUGCAGGAGAAGCUCGUCAUCGAAACCUUUCCCCUAGAGGGCCUACGCCAAACCAUGGAUCAGCAGAAUCCACCUCUGUGUCUCCCUCAGAGACAUCCUCUUCUAAUUCCAAGAUCCCUAUCCCCGGGCUGAGGACCCUAGAGAGACCCAUCCAGCAUCAUCCCCCUGCUCUGGAAGUGUCACCCCACCCUGCUCCCCUUCAUCCUCCACCUCAUCUUCGCCCCCCUGUGGAACAUCAUACGGUACCUCAAAUGCACAUGCCCUUCAUCAGACCUCCUCUUCAUGCUCAGGGCUUGAGAAGCCCCCUUGCAAACCCUCCAAGACACCCAGGCCCCUCUUCAAGCCCUAUCCACAGACCUCCUCACUCUCCUCACCUGCAGCCCCCGACCUCUUCCAUGAAUCCCCCUGGAAUGAUGCAUCCCUUCCCAGGAGCCUACUUCCCUGGCCUGCACUCCCCUCCUCUGAACAUGAUGCCAAGAGGUCCUGUCCCAAUGCAUCCAUUCAUGAACUAUGGUUUUCCUUCCUUUAGUCCUCUCCUGCCCCAUCCCACUGUCCUGGUGCCUUAUCCAAUAAUUGUUCCCCUACCUGUCCCUAUCCCCAUUCCUAUCCCCAUUCCAUUCCCUUCUAAAGCAACCCCAGAAACUCCAAGUCACAGUGGUGUUAUCCAGCCAGUGCCAGAGGGGCUAGACCGGAGUAGAUCCAGGGCUACAAGGCCGCCAACUCCAGGGAUCCCUGAAGGGGACAGCAGAUUGGUGGCCAACAAAUUGGGUGGAACCUUGCCUCAAUGUUUCCCCUCACCAUGUGACCCCAGCACAGAUUGGGUUAAAACAGAGAGGCCAUUCCCAUCCCCAAUAUCCACACCACACAGUGGUGAAUCCUCCCCCAGAGCACAGUACAACAAAUCCCCCUGCUCAGCUUCAGGGUCAGAGGGGCUGACAGACUUUAAGCAGCAGCCGUCAGAGAGACAAGUCAUCCAAAGGGUUCUUCAAAGGACCCAAGUGAAGCCCAGUGCCAAUGGAGUGGUGGACCUAUCAGGGCUGGGAGAGUCAGAAACUGGGCAGGGUACCAGAUCAGGGCUCCACAACAUCAUCAGACCCACCCCUUCUAUACCAUGGUCCCCUUCACAUGACACUGUCUACCACCACCAGGACUCCCACACUCCACCUUCACACAACUCACCCAGCCCCACAGGUAGCAGCCAUCCGUAUGAUGCCGAACCCUCUGCCCUGAAACCUCAGGACUACAGUCCAAAUAGGAUGUCCUCCUCACCCGCCCCUGCCAGUCCAGACUCAUCACUACCCCAGAGAGUACCAGCACCACCCACUGACCCCGUGCUCAGUGAGCUGGAGGCCAUCAAGGAGAACAAGUGCUCUGCUGUUGGCCUAGUGCGGGUUGAGGGCCCAGUCAAUCAGUCAGAAGAGCCUUUAGCAGUAGUUGGGGAGGUAGGAGAGGACCCCCAUGUUCUUGAUGAGGACCAUGCCUAUGCUCUGCCCACAGCGCCAAAGACAAGUGGGACCACCACCCCGCUGCUCUUGCCCAAACUCAGGGACAAGGGUAGCCUGCGGAGCCCUGCAAAUACGCCCAGUGCUGGAGACAUGGAGCCAGCUCUGAAAAGGCGAUGCCUACGGAUCCGGGAUCAGAAUAAGUAGAGGAUUGAGACACCCUGUUUAACACUGUAUGGCGGUGCCAGAUUCAGUGUCACGCCCUCUUGUGGACAACGCCAGUGCUAACACCCUCCAGCACAUCCCUCAGCCUGUCAGCCCACCAGAGAGUCACUCUGCCUGUAGACCAGCAGGGUGCCAACCCAGGAAGCAGUCCAGAUGGCCACAUUACCAGAAGUCACCGUGGGGGAAAAACACAACACAGUCACACAUUUUGUCUUGGACCAAAGAGUAUUGCUGGCUGGAGUGUAAUGUUGUGUUCAGUGAGCACUUGAGCAUCUCAGAUCUUCUCCCUGUCUGACAUUGCCCUCAAGUGUGUCCAUGUGUGUGUGUAUUGUGUGGGUGCCCAGAUGCGCUCCUCCUCCUCCUCCUCCUCCUCCUCCUCC